GUUCUACUUCUAGCUUAUCUCUCGAGUCUCGUUGUCUUUGAGAGCUUGCGACCAUCCACCCUAUUAGUCCUAGGAUUACCAUCAUCUAGUUCUUGGAGCAGCAGACCUGUCGUGGGCACCGCUUCGUUCAAAAUGUUGUUUACGACCAUUCUGAGGAUAGUGGCCAUUGCCGUUUUCUCAUUGCUGGUCGCGAAGGUACUUCAUGUCCUCGCAACUUGGUGGAUGCACCGUCGCUACUUGAUGCAGCGCGUGCGAAUGCCGAGCAAGCCCCAUUGGCUGCGUGGACAUGCAUUAGCCGAAGACCAACUGCCCUCAUCCAGAGAAACCUUCAUUGAGUUUUCUCGCAAACUGCCUCGAAUGUUCUUGCAGCAAAUGGGACCGGCAUACAUGUUCGUUGCCCUCAGUCAUCCGGACACGAUCAGUGAAGUAAUGCGGACCAGUCCCGGAAAGAGUGAGUUCAUAGCCAGGUUUAUUCGAAUUUGGCUGGGAAACAAUCUAAUUUACAGUAAGGGAAAGCGCUGGGAGCGUGACCAUCGAAUGUUGUCCGGCGUUUUCACUCCUGAUAUGCGACGGGAGUACAUUGGCGCAUUCAAGGAUGCAGCGAGUACCUUGCUGGGGUUGUGGGAAGGGCAGGUCGGGAGGAGGCUGGACGUGUCGCAGCAUUUCCAACUGUUGACAUUCGAUAUCAUUCUACAGUGUGCAAUGGGUGCAGUGACAAACUGCCAAGCGGACGGUGACCUGAACUCGCCCGCAAUUCGCUACAGUGCAGCACUGCAAGAGAUUACGGACAUUAUUAUGAACCGCUUCCGACAGCCGUGGUUCUACCCGGACAUCAUUUUCCUCAACUCGCCGACCGGCAGACGCUUCCAAAGACUCCUCUCAGAGACGCAUGCGUUCAGUGAGGAAUUGAUCCGUGAGCGACGUGCUCUCCUGCAGACCGAUGCCGCAGAUGACGACCAGGGCGGUCAUCGCCAUCGGGACAUGCUCGACAUCAUGCUGACGGCGAGAGACGAAGAUGGCAUCGGACUCUCCGACACGGACAUCCGAGAGCACGUCGAGACCUUUCUCUUCGCUGGCCAUGACACGACGUCCUCCACUUUCCAGUGGAUCGUGUGCUACCUGAGCCAGCACCAAGAUGUCCAGGAGCGGUGUCGGCGGGAGGUGCAGGAUGUCCUGGAGAGGUGCGGUGGUAUGGAGAACUUUGCCCAUGAGCACCUUGCUGAGCUGGAGUAUGUGACAUACACGAUACAGGAGACGCUUCGUGUUGCAUCGAUUGUUCCUUUCGUCCUUCGGGUGUUGGGUAAAGAAACCACAGUCGACGGAAACUCAUUCUUUGCCGAUACUGCAUUCCAACUAAGCAUCAUCGGUGUUCAUCACAACGAAGAGAUCUGGACUGAUCCGCACAAGUUCAACCCGGACCGAUUCUCGACGAACAAGGGUCGGCAAAGCCCAUACGCCUUCAUCCCGUUCAGCUGCGGUACCCGCGCAUGCAUCGGCAAGCACUUCGCCAUGGACGAGAUGAAGACCGUGCUGAGUAUGAUUCUCGCAAAGUUCCGUCUCCUGCCAGCUCCUGACCAGGACCAGCCAAAGUGGAUGAUGUCGAUGGUUGUAAAGCCUGAUCCAGCUGUGAUUAUGCUGGAGCAACUCUAAACACACAGUGUUAGUCAACACUGCAUGCCCAGAAGAACAGGUGAACAUGUUCCCACACCACGCAUUUUAUCAGUGACCAAUGCAGCUAUUGGCUGGAGAUUUGAUGCAAUAGAAUCGAGUAGAGUGUUGGCUCCAUUUUUCAUUUCACUUCUCUAGAACACUGAUGAAGGCUGAUGAGAGUCCGUUGUCCGGAAAGGAAGCAGGAGGGCGGUGAAACGUUUCUAGGCUAUUCUUUUCAGCGAAUGCGGCCUGUACGCCUUUUCGUGAUUUUUGUCAAGUGUGUGUGUGUGUGUGUGUGUGUGUACGUGUGUGUGUGUGUGUGUGUGUGUAGCUAUACAAUCAGGGCAAAUCCUCUCUUGAUACACAUGCACUAAAACAUACACUAGCAAGUUUCAAUUACAUAAAGAUUUCCCCGAAGUGAAUUAAAAAGUUCCUUUUUUUAAAGAUACUAUUCUAUACAUCUUCACAACACUCUCCAAACGGUCUCUGGGCUACACCAAUCACUAAAAGAAAAAGAGAUAUUAAAAUUAUUUUUUAUUAUUCUAAUUUAUACUAACAUCAAGUCUCCCAGUCUCCAAUAUUUGGACCUAGUUUUGACCCGAUCUAGUUCCAGGAUCGGAAAGAGAAUGUUUCCAGUUAGACCAGUGCAGUUAUUUCAAUACCUUGAAUCGUUAGAUCCGCUAUACCAGGAUUUAUGACUUGCGGGCUGCUCCCUAAACGUCCGAGCGCACCCCCCCCCCCCCCCCUACGCACACACCUAAAAC